AUGGCAAGGGAGCAUCCUGAGCGUGCGGCAGCCCUGCUCUCACACAAAGGCGGCAGCGAUACCGGUAUUAAAAGAAACAAUGAGACCCAGGCUCUGCUGAUUCCCAGCAGGGAGGAGAUCCAGGAGGUAAAGGAUGAAGGGAAUCUGGAGGUGCUCUUCAAUUCACUGGAUAAGAUUGUGGAGGAGGCAAAGAACCGGGAAGAGCCUGCAUGGCGUCCCAGCGGGAUCCCGGAAGAGGACGUUCGCAGCGCUAUGGUGCCAUACCUCCUCAAGCACAGGUCAUACUUGCGGAAAGUCCUAAAGGAGAAGGAGGAAGAGAACAGGACGGUAGCGGAGUCUGUGCUUGCAGGGAGGUAUAGGAUUGCAGAGCUGCAGCAGCUGAUACAAGCUCGCAAACGUGCCUGGCAGGCAAUUAGUAAAGAGCAACGAGAACUCAUCAUGACAUUCAAGGAGCCCCAGUGAGGACGCGGGAAGGUUCUGCAUGUGUCGCAGGGGGAGUUUAUCCUCAUCUCGGAAGCGCUGACGAGGCGUUGGGAAAUGGGACUCUGCGCGUGGCGUAUACAAACCAGGCAAACUCGCGUUCCUCUCGUCGGGCCAGAAGGAGCUUGAAGUGGGACUGCAAAGCUGCUGGGCUUGCGCAAUUUGAUCCAAGUUUGUGAAGAAAUAAAAAAAGAACACAUCAGGGUCUUUGGAAAUAGAUGACAAUUUCCUAUUCCCCGCCCAGCUCAACAGGGAGGAGAAUCCUACAGAUCUGAUAGCCAGAGCAUGUCUGUACGCUCACACGCUUCUUUAGCGCUGUGGCGGGCAUGAUUCUAGCUUACCAAAGCCACAUCUGUGGCCUCGAAGCUAUUUCAGAUGUGCAUUAGAGAAAAACGGGUGUCUUAUGCGCAGAGGCUGUGCUGUGCACAGGAACGAGGAGCCAGGGAGCUGCAGCACGCAAAGCCCGCCACCGGGUAAACGCUGCCGUGGCAUUUUGUACAGCUGGAGUGUAAAUGGCCACGUUGGACUCUUUUGCCGCGUUUUUGCAGUGUUCAUUUUCCGUAUCUGCAUUUCUUUCAAUCACAAUUGUCCGCCCGUGACCCAUCAGAACAGGCACGUCAGCAGCUGCUUCCUCGUUGCCGUUUAUUCUUUUUUUCCAGUUAUUUUCCAACCCUGCUCCCCUCCCAGCAGAUACAGGCUGAGGGCGCUUCUCCAAGGACCACAGUGUGAAGGAUCCG